AGUACAUAAGCUCUUAAUAUAGUACUGAAUCCACGAGUGCUCACACAGUGAAUCUAAAUCGAUAUCAACAUUGUUGUGUACUGCAAGUCUGGGUCUGGUUAAAUGGCCAAGGGUGCAAAGAAACGGAGAGCUACAAAGAAGCAGCAGGAGAAGGCUCUGCAAGAUACUCAGCCGUCAUGCCCCUCAGCAAAAGUUGAAUCUUGUCGAUUAGAAGAGAACGAGGAAGAUGUUUUUCGUCCCAAAACACCUGUUCAAGCAAAUGAAGGGGAAGAUAAAGAUAGGAUGUUUGAUAUGGUGGGUGGAUCUGCAUCUCCUUCUUCUCAUACAGAGGAAGUUGUCAUUUCUGAUGGGGUUGAAUAUAAAAGUGGGUCGUUUGAUAACGCUGGAUUCCAAGAGUUUUCUGCAUCUGGGGGAGAUGAGGUUGGGAAUAUAGAAAGUUUAGAGAAUGUAUCAGAGAGGAAUGGACCAGCCCCUGUUCCAUCGAAGAGUGCUGGAUUAAUUCCUCCUGGAAAAUUGAGGGAUUGGGAUGUUUUAAGAAACAUCGAUGAUAUAACAAGCUGUGGAAGCCUUGAAUUAUCAACCAAGGAAGGCGAUGGGGGGAAUGCUGUUUCUUUUGACCAGUGUGAUGGAGGUCUUAUGGAAGCAACCAAACAAUCCGAGCUUGAAAUCGGAGAUACUAAUAACAAUAUUAUGGAGCACAUGCACAAUGAGUAUGAAACCAUACAAGACAUGGUGAUUUAUGAUUGUUCUUUAUCCCUAACAGAUGAUGUUACUACUUCCCAGAAAUUCAUGGAUACUAGUGAAGGAUUUUCCUUGAUUCCAUCUGGAGGAUUAGAGAGUUUCAACAGUUGUGUGGAGAGAGAGCCUGCUAUGUCAGAUGAGGAUGGAAUGAAUUGGCUUUCUGAGCAACAAAAUGGACAUGGCAAGGAUAUCAUAAAACACAAUUCUGAAUUAGGAACAUUUGAUGGGAAUUCCUUAAAAGAUGAAAUUGGGUACAAGGAUCGAGGACUAUUGGAAGAGGUGAACUAUGAGAAGAGAUCAAUAGAACAGUCAGAGUCUCAUGACAUUUCUCUUUGCCAAGUUGGCGCUCAUACAUUUUCGGAAAGCUUGGUAUCCCACAAAUUUGUUGUUUCUAAGGCAGAUGAUCCUAAACCUUCAGAAAGGAUAGCAACAGCAGCAGAGAAGAUUGAAUCAACCACUAUUUUUGACGAGGGUUAUUCUAUGAGCGUAUUUCAAGGGGUGCUUCGGUCUAGUAGCCCAAGGAAGCUAGAGUGUACUAUUCUUGGUGGGGAAGAAGGGCUAGAACUUGCACAAGGACAUAGUGAACAUGUGAAAGAUAUCAGCUUGGACAUUCAUGGACAAGAUGAUGCUGUAACAAGGAAACAAUUGAAAGAUGAAUGUUGGGAUUUUUAUAGGCUUACUCGGUCCACCAAUGAAUCCAUAGAAAAGUUAGAAACCCAUGAAUCUAAUGCUUAUCAAGCACAUAAUAUUUCACUUCCUGAAAGGUUAGAAACUGGGGCAAGUGAUCAAGGAGGUCUCGAAACACUCCAGGAGCACAAUGGAUGUGAAAAGAAAACCAAUUUAGACAACUCUGAAUCUAGAAAAUUUGAAAUGUUGCAUGGUGUGGACAAUUACAAGUCUGAUGAUGUUGCCGCUUCACAAACAUUGCAAAAUGCAAUAAAGGUCAAUUCAUUCCCCUGUAACUCUUGCACGGGAUUUUGCAUGAUUUCAUCUCAAGCAUUGUUUGAUACAAAGAAUCCUGAACAAAUGGGAUCUACUAUUGCAGUUGAGCUGGAUGAUCCUCAACUCCUUCAUGCUGAAUGUAAAGAUGAACAGGAUUUAUGUUUGGUGAGUUCUGAGCACGUUUGUGUUGAAGUAAACAACCAACCAAAAGAUGCAAAUGUGAGGAAUGACAAUACUCAGGGGGCAGCUAUAAAUAUGCUAAAAGAAGAAUUUCCCGUCUUUGAAGACUUCGUUGUGUCACUUCCUGCUGCUGAAAUUGAACCUAGUGUUGAUACAUCUCAUCCUCUUGUUCCUGCUGAUUUGGAUUCUAAUAAUUCUUCCGGUGGCGUAUUACUAGACAAUGAGGUGACACUAAAAGGUAAAUCUAAUGAUGACAAUGGCAGUAGCUUUAGAGACACCAGCGAAGAGCAUGCCCAAAAGACAGAAUUUUUGAAGCUAAAUGGGGAAGAAAAGGACAUCCAUUUAGAAAAAGCUUUUCCUGGGGAGCUGGAUGGAGAAGCUGAGGAAACUGAUAUGUUUCUUCAAAGCAAAGAGAAACUUGGAAGGAAGCUGGGUUUUUGUGGCGUGCUAGAGUUUUUGCUCUGUUGGAGGGAUUGAAUUGAAAUUAUCCUUCAUGGGUAUAGUUUGAAUUUUGAACUUUGGACUCACAUCGUUGGUUUGCAGGUCUUCAGUUUCAGGGGGUAAAAUUGGCCUUCGGGCCGAUAUAUAUUAUUAUAUGAAAGCCAGAUAUGGCAGUGAAAACUUGAAAAAUCCUCAUUCUCAUAUAAGGCUCUGCAAUUUCGUAUUUUUACAUUAUAGGCAACAUGGUAUUCUCAAAGUAGACUGUUCGCAAUGAGAGAAGUGGAUCUUUUCUGGCACCGGUGUAUUAUAAAGUGCCGAAGGGUUACUACAGUCCUUACGUUUCCUUCACCAAUGGCUGUCUAUCCACCAAUCAAAAGCUAUUGAUUUUUUAAUUUAGGGUUGAUCUGCAAUGUUUAGGAUCAAUAUUAUAAGUUGGUUUCUCUGCAUUUGACUGAUUGAGACUAUGAAAAUCUCAAAAUCAAUCAAGCUAUUUAAAUGAUGUCACCCUCAAUAUAUUUAGCUUGUUUUGUGCUUC